AUGUUCCUUCCUUUCUUUUUUCUCUGUGGUUGUGGAGCGAAAAUGCUAAAAUGGCCGAAUUUUGGGCUAGUGUUUUAAUUUCUAAAUACUAACUCUUGUAUCACGUCGUUAUCGCUUUGUGUUUACGGAUUAACAAGUUUCAAACUUAACUUCGUGCUAUCUACGAAUGCUAUAAUAACUAGGCACAGUAAGACUACUACUUUCACCAUGAGUGAAACUGCCAACAAUGAAGGAACCUCUGCGGAGAGUGAAAAGCCGGUUCAAGACUCGGCCGAUAAUGUUGUAUUCCCGCCUUUCCCUGAUCCAACUGAAGAAGAAUUUGAAGAGGAUAUCUCUGAUGCGGAAAGAACUCAUUAUAGGACGAAGUUUUCUGAUUUGAAUAUUAUAAAAUCUAUGCGAUUACAUUGUUCUGCUUGUGAUCGCCAUUUGGGAAGUUCCACUCGCAAUGAGACUCGUAUGCGCGCUCAUCCUAUGCUACGUACAUUAGUGUGCCACACAUGCCAUACUUUUUAUAAUAGCGGUGAAUUUGAAAAGGGAGAUGAUGGCUCAGAACUUUAUUGUCGAUGGUGUGGGCAGGGUGGGCAAGUGUAUUGUUGUUCAGAUUGCCCUCAUGUAUUUUGUGCGAAAUGCAUUAAACGCAACCUUGGUGUUGCAAAAAUUAAAGAAAUAGAAAAUACUGAUGACUGGAAAUGUUUUAAAUGUAAUUCAAGAUGCCUUUGGGACCUUCGUGCUGUGUGUUGGGCACUUCUGCGCUAUUGUGACUUGAAGAACAAGAUAACUUAUAAAACAGAAGAUCCAGUACUGAAAGAAAAAUAUCAAAAAGAUUGUGCUACUGAUCAUUCCAAUUGCUGUAAACAUAAAUCAAAUAGAAGGAAAGAAAAAUCUGAAUCAGCAAAGAAAAGAGACGAAAUUAAAAAGGAAAAUGAAACUAAAAAAGCUAUAUCAAAAAUUCCUUCUACUAUUCAGGUAAAAAAAUUUGCAUCCAUCAAUCUCGAAGAACAACCAAAAGAAAAAAAAGGUCAAAAAAGACCUGCAACUCAAGAAAAGGGUUUACUUAUCAUCAAAAACCCAAUAGCAAUAGCUCCGUGUUCAAAAAAUAUGAGCCCCACUAUUUGUGGACCUCAACCGAAAAAACCAAGGAUGCCUGUAGUGGUAAAUCCUGUUAGAUUUGCACAAGAUAGGAAAGCAGUAGCAGCUACAUAUACAAGAAUAAGGCCAAAAUCUGUAAUGCCAGUACCAUUGCCACCUCUAGUACCAACAAAUUAUAAUGGAUAUAAUAAUAUUAAUAACUCGUUUAUUAACAACACCUACCACACUCCAUAUAACAUGGUGGCUUCUGAUAAUAUUAAUUUAUCUUUGGAAAGUUUAACACAGGGACUUGAUAUGGCUGUGGCAACUAUGACUACAAGUCAAGAUGAUGAUGUCGUGUGCACUCCUGAUUUUCCAUUGGAGCCUUUAUGUGAGGUGACGGAAGAUAACACGGACGAUGACGUGCAGUGUAUUACUCCAGGUCCUGUGGCUGCUCCAAAGGUUAGCACUCCGACCCUACACCGUUCAGAUAAUUCAUCGGAACUGGUCACUGAUAACAUCAUACAAAUGACCGACAACGAUGUCACUGUCAAUGCUUUGACUGGAGGUUUAAAGUUCAGAGUCGACCCUCAAACAUUAUCAUCAAACAAAAUGUACCGAUUACCAGACGGUCGCAUAUUUGCUAUUAAAGCGAACCCAAAUAUGCCAGGUGGAUAUUCUGCUACUAUAGUGGCUCUUGCAGAAACUGGGCAAGGAAAAAAUGUAGCUCCUAAAGGCGCCACAUACUCGGCAAAACUUAGUGCAGUCUCAACACCAUCAAAACCGAAUCGCGCCAAUCAAAAUGUGAGAUCAAAUACUAAAAGAAGUACACCAAAAGCCACUAAAGCAAAUCGAGCAAAUGAUACUUCAUCAAGAGAAUGUGAUUUGCAGGUUCCUGUAGAGUGGUAUAGAUAUAAUUUACUAGACGCAAUUGACGCUAUGGAAUAUUCUUUAGCGCGACUAAAUAAACUAAAAAAUGAAGCUACUUCAGUUUACUUACGAACUCGAACUGUUGAUGAAAUGAGAAACAUGCACAGGUCUUUAGAACGAUUACUGAACACAUCGUCAACUAGAUUUUCAGAAAUUAAAGAAAACUUGAAUAAGGAAUUAAAACAAUAUAUCAUGAAAAAAUAUGGAGAAAACAACAGUGAAGAUGAUGAUGAUGUUGAAAUUUUGAUGCCUGAAGAUAAUGAUGAUCCCAUAUUUAUUGACGAAAAUUCCAUGGAAUCUACAAAUGAAAUCAAUUGUACUGAGAAUCAAGAAGUUGAUCUCACAGGUGUCGGUAGUAGUGAUCAUAAUGAUAGUGCAGAAAAUAAAGCUGAUAAUAUCUCAGCAAUAGAAAACAUAUCCCAAAUGUCAGAGGAUAUAGAUGAGAGUGUAAAUAAGUUAGGAAGCUUGGGAAAAGAUUCUCAGAGUGCAGAUGACAUGGGUAGUCCCAAUAAUGAUGGUGACAAAGUGUCCUUGAAUGAUGCUGACACCUCAAUUGGGGGAGAAAACGGGAGUGGGACAAAAGAAGGAGACGACAUUAAAAUGGUUGAAAAAAUUGAGGACCACACUGGAACGACAGAUGAAGGAAGUGCUAUCUCAAGCAAAAUAAGUGAUGCACAGCUUUCUGAAAAUAAUCACAUUACAGCAGAAUCUGAUAACGGAACCAAGGCACAAAUUAAUGGUAACACUGAAAAGACCGAAGAGAAAAGUGAUAAUAGUGUUGUUAAGGAAGAGCUUUUAAAAGACGAUGAGAAGAAAAUUGGUAAAGAUAAUGAUAAUGAGGAAAAAGUAGAUGAUCCUGAAAUGAGUGAAGAAAUGAUAGAAACCCUUUUGAAAGAUGAUAACGUCGAUGAAGGCGACAGUUUGAUAAGCAACAAAGCCAUGGAAGUUACUGAAAGCCUUUAAUUUAAAUAUUUUUUUUUUAUUUCCUGUUAGUUAUAGUUAAUAAGUCGUAAGUUGAAUGUUUUUGUGCUACAAAUAUAAUUAAGGUAGAUCCAAGUAUAAAGCCAAUAAUAUAUCCAAAUUGGUCAGAUUAUUUUCUAUUAAUGUAGUCUGUACUAUCUGUGUAUGUUUCUAUUCUAUUUUUUUGUAAUCAUUUUACAUUUUGUAAGAAUGUAAAUUUAGGUAUAACUACGUAAUAAAGAACAAAACUCAAAAGUUCAAAACUCGAUAAUAUGCUAGAUAACACAUAUUUUAAUCAUUUGUUAGACACAGACAGACAUUGGACACGUACUUUUUCUCUUUUUUUUCAUAAUUAUGUAUUAUCAGUGCUACAUCAAGUUGAAAUGACGCGUGACGUUAUGCAUGUAGAUUUUUUUCUUAGAAGUGACGUUACGCGACUAUUCCAACUACUACAAAUUAUUCGAAUAAGACAAAAAUACGUGUCCAAUAUUUUUUUUUAUUAUCUAUCUAACGGACUAAAUAGAAUUUCAAUAGAAAUUCUGACUCGGUAAUGAAAUAUCAUUACCGAGUCAUCAUCCCAAUUAUUAUUUCAAGCACGGAUUGAGACUUGAUUGGUUAAAUUCAUCAAAAAAUCUGUCCUGUGAUUGGUCUAAAAUUUAGACCAAUCACAGGACAGAUUCUAUGACUGAGAUUGAAUUAAUUUUUGAGUGUUGUUUUGAAUUACGGACACAUCGUGAAAAAAUGUACUACCUACUAUUUAUCCGCGGUAUUUAACUUAGUACAUUAUUCAAUAAAUACUACAAAGGGUUAACAUUUACAAUUAUUAUAAAAUAUUACUGACCAGACUAAAUAAACAUGUAUGUAAUUAAA